AUGAAGUCUUUCUUGAACAAAGCUAUUCGGACGGUGAUCCAGUCCUUCGAUGGACAACUCAACUCCCUUUCCACCGAUGAAUCAACGAUCGAAUAUAUUGUAGAUCUACUCUCAGAUCCAGAAAUCGCAAAGGAAGAGAAGCAAGAAACCAUCCAAGGUAUUUUAGAGCUCCAUUUAGAUCCCUCUUCUCAACAACAACCCGUCGAUGAUCUCCAUCAGUCUACCGGUAGUAGUACUAGUCACCCUUCGAAAACCGAUGACGAUAGGUCUACGCCGAACACCAUUGAGGAAUCAGUGAAGGAUCUGAUAGAACGAGCCGACACGUACUUAUCUACACGGGCAGAAGAGGGCUCAGAAGCGGAAACAACAACAAGUUCAAGGUCGAGUAGCCGUUCGAGGGGGAGCUCAAUAUCAUCAACACGCAAGAGGGAAAUUGAAGAAGAAGAGCGCAUCAAAGCGAUCGAACGCAAGAAGGCGAUCGUGGAUAACUAUGGCAAAGUCGAGGUUGAUCAAGCCAGCAUACUCCAGUCAGAAAAGCCCUCGCAUAAUAACAAAGCUAAAGCCAGUGAUCCCGACGAGAUCGAUCAGGAACGCCUCGACCUACUCGACCAGGAAUUAAAACUCUUGGAUAUGAAAAAACGACAGCGCAAAAAAGUCGAAUCUAAAAAAUAUACAAACCCUGAUGAGAUAUUGUUAAGACCAAACUUGAAUACGAAAAUAGUUGAACACGAAGAGAAAAUAAAGAAACAAGAACUAUCAAUGAAGAGUCGAAUGAAGAUAGAAAAAGACAAGGCAGAUCUGAAUAAGCAAAAAGAAAAUCAGCUGAAGAAAAAGAUGGAAGCCAGGGCCAAAGCUAAAAAGUUGGAAAGGCGUGCCUGA